AUGGAACCUCAAAUCAAUGAUCUUCACAUUGAAUCUCGGGUCCAGGUAUGUAUAUUAUAUCAUAUUAGAUACAGGAACGACGAGAAACACAGAAUAACACAGAUCUUGCUACAGUUUCCCAAUGAUGAUCACAACGAAGCAGAGGUUGACAUUGAGAACACUAAGAAGAGGCCAUACAGUUGUCCUCACUCUGGUUCCAAGUGUACAGUCUCAGGAGAUAUUCAACGGCUGCUUCUGCAUCUAAGGAAUGAUCAUAAUGUUGAAAUGCAUGAUGGGCGUAGUUUCAGUCACAGAUACGUCCAUCAUAAUCCUAAGCAUCUUCAUCACGCUACUUGGAUGUUAACUCUUCUGGAUUGUUUUGGUCGACAAUUCUGCUUAUACUUUGAAGCAUAUCACUUGAGGAAAACGCCAAUGUACAUAGCCUUUAUACAGUUUAUGGGAGAUGAAGAAGAAGCAAUGAGCUUCAGCUACAGUUUGGAAGUGACUGGCAAUGGCAGGACGCUGACGUGGCAAGGCGUGCCUAGAAGCAUUCGAGACAGUCACAAGACGGUCCGUGAUAGCCAAGACGGCUUAAUCAUCACUCGCAAGUUGGCUUCGUUCUUCUCUAACGACAACAACCACAACAGCAAGGAACUGAAGUUGAAGAUUUCUGGUCGUGUAUGGAGAGGAGUGAACAAUGCAUAA